UCCAGCUGAACUCACUCAGUUACUGAAACUACCGUCGGGACACAAGACAAAGGAGCUUCGACGAGAAGUCGCAAAGGAAUAUAUUUCUACUUAGUUUGACUAUUUUUGACUUUCAUUGAGAGGAAUAUUGAAGAAAAGACACACAGACAGAUGGGGACCUCUCGGUUCGCCGUUUUGGGCAUUUUAAUGUUCGUUUUUCAGGCCUCAGCUUUAGUUACUGCUGAGGAGCCAACAUGUGCACCUGGAUUCGAGUCAGAAAUGUUGAUUUUCAAAGUGACCAGAAAGCAUCUGAGGCAGGGCACAAGACUGGGUAAAGUGGGCUUCACUGACUGCACAGACCGCACAAGAUUCCUUUUCAGCAGUGAUGACAGCCGUUUCAUGGUACAGACAGAUGGCAUGUUGACGGUAAAGAGACAGAUAGUUCUUCAUGAAGGACAUCGGGACUUCUUCAUCCACUCCUGGGAUUCACAAGGUCGCAAAAUGACUGUUCCAGUCAGGGUAUUGCACCAUGGGCAUCAGCAUGGGCAUCAGCACGGGCAUCAGCACGGGCAUCAGCACGGGCAUCAGCACGGGCAUCAGCACGGGGACCACCACGGGGACCACCACGGGGACCACCACGGGGACCACCACGGGGACCACCACGGGGACCACAGACACCAUAACCAUCAGCACCACCAUACUGAAGUGGACUCUGCUAAUAACACAGAGACUGCAACCAAUCCACCAGUACCUGUUCUGCAUUUCCCCAAGUCUGCUGAUGGGCUGAGGAGAAGGAAGAGAGACUGGGUCAUUCCUCCCAUCAAUGUUCCUGAGAAUAACAGAGGACCGUUUCCGAGUAAUGUAGUUCAAAUCCGUUCCAGUGAAGAUAAAAUAAAGAAGAUCUAUUACAGCAUCACUGGUCCAGGAGCUGAUCAGGAUCCUGUUGGCCUUUUCACCAUGGACAGAAACACUGGUAUUCUCUAUGUCACACAACCUCUGGACAGAGAGAAGGUGGCCAAGUACAUGCUACAAGCGCAUGCUGUGGCAGAUGGUUCAGGAAAUGCUGAGGAUCCUAUGGAUAUUAUAGUGAAUGUAAUUGACCAGAACGACAACAAGCCUGUAUUCACUCAAGAUACCUUCCUGGGAACCGUUCCUGAGGCGUCAGCCAAAGAUUUUGAGGUGAUUACGGUCACAGCCACCGAUGCUGACGAGCCAAAUAAUGACAACUCAGAUAUCCGCUACCGUAUUAUAAGCCAGGAGCCGCAGCUGCCCAGUAACAACCUGUUUGAAAUCAACCCAGUGACUGGAGCCAUCAGAGUCAGUGCUGGUGGGCUUGACAGAGAGAAAUACCCAAAGUACACUCUGGUUGUACGGGCAGCAGACACACAGGGAGAAGGGUUGUCCGCAGAGGCCAAAGUAAUCCUCACUGUAACAGAUAGCAAUGACAACGCCCCGGUCUUCACUCAAUCCUCUUAUGAGGCAACAGUAGAGGAAAAUAAAGUGGGCGUGCUGGUCGCUACGUUGUCAGUAACCGACGGCGAUGAGCCACAUUCCACAUCCUGGAACGCCAAGUUCAAGAUUGUUGAUGGUGAUCCUGGAGGACUGUUCAACGUGACAACAGGAAGUAACAAACAAGAGGGACUCGUUACUACUGUCAAGGGUCUCGACUUUGAAAGGAGCACCACGCACACUCUGCUGGUUGCAGUGGAGAAUGAGGUUCCUUUUGCUACUCCGCUGCCCACUGCCACCGCUACGGUGGUGGUGCGUGUGCAGGAUGUCAAUGAAGCUCCAAUCUUUGAUCCAAUACAGAAGAUUGUUUCAAAACCGGAGAACCUUGCCGUGGACAGUGACGUGGUCCAGUACACUGCUUCUGACCCAGACACUGCACGCAAACAGACAGUCCAGUACAGGAUAAUUAGCGACCCAGCUGGCUGGCUGCAGGUGAAGGAGAAGGGCCUGAUUAAGUUGAGAAGCAGCAUGGACAGGGAGUCCCAUUUCGUGAAGGACGACAGAUACACAGCACUCAUUGGUGCAGUUGACAGUGAUGAGAUCCCAGCCACAGGAACUGGUACUCUAAUCAUUCAACUUGAAGACGUCAAUGACAAUGCACCCGUCAUCGUGGACCGUGUAAUCUCGGUGUGUAACAAGGAACCAGCUCCUCAGGUGCUUUCAGUAACCGAUAAAGAUGGACCAGGCUUUGGUGCUCCAUACAGCGUCACUUUACACGGCGAUUCGAAGACCAACUGGACCGCUGCGAUGAAUGGGACCAAAAACGGCAUCAUCCUAAAUUUAGCCACUCAGCUGCCCAGUGGAGAGUACACUGUGGUCCUGAGAGUUGCAGACACCGGGGGAGAGUCGCAGGAUAGCACCGUCCUGGCCAAAGUGUGUGACUGCACCGGGAGCGAAGUGGUGUGCAAAGGGCGUGUUGCAGGUGGCACUGACCUGCCUGUAAUCUUGGGAAUACUGGGAGGCAUCCUGCUGCUGCUCAUGCUGGUGCUGCUGCUGCUGCUGUUUGCGAGACGGAGAGGAGGAGAAAAGAAGGAGCCUCUCCUGCAGGACAACGACAUCAGAGACAACAUCUAUUACUAUGACGAAGAGGGAGGCGGAGAGGACGAUCAGGAUUAUGACCUGAGCGUUCUCCACCGCGGCCUGGACAACCGGCCUGAGGUAUUUAGGAACGACGUGGUGCCAAACUUCAUGCCAGCUCCUCAGUACCGACCUCGCCCUGCCAACCCAGAUGAAAUCGGCAACUUCAUCGAUGACAACCUGAAGGCAGCUGACAACGACCCGACAGCGCCCCCCUACGACUCCCUGCUGGUGUUCGACUAUGAGGGCGGCGGCUCCGACGCAGGAAGCCUCUCCUCUCUGAACUCGUCGAGCAGUGGAGACCAGGACUACAACUGCCUCAGCGAGUGGGGACCACGCUUCAAGAAACUGGCCGACAUGUACGGUGGAGGAGAGGAUGAUAUGCUGUAAACAUACCAAAAAAAAACAAAAAAACAACAAACAGUAUGUAUAAGUAUAUGGUGGAUGCACAUAUGGCUGUGUGAAUGACAGACAGAUGUAAGCAUGAACUGAUAAAUGAAUGCAUCCCUGGGAAACUGCUCUCAGCCAUACAUCAGCAGGCUCACAGAUGUUGAUUUUCCUCACGUGUGGAUGUGGUUUACCUUUCAGUGCAGUCCCGUUAGCAGUUAACAGCCACACUGCUGUUUGGCUUCUGAGCUAAAGAUUAAAUGUGCUUUGUGUUUAUUUUCUCUUCACUGAGUUCUGGAGUCACAUCCUCAGUGUCAAUGUUGAUUUAUGGAUUUUGAUAUUUUAGCCUGCCUUUUAGCUUACUGGGUGACACUGGACACAGCUGAAGUUGCACUGGUAACGUUUGUAUAAUUUUGGCAAUGUAAGGUACUUGAUGUUUUUUUUCUGUUUUUCUGUGUGGAAUACUACAGUUACAUUUCAUUGUUCUGUAUUUCUGUUUGAGUAAUGAAAUUAGAAAUGAUCCAGGCGAAAUUCAGGUAGCCAGCCUAUGCAGCACUGCCCUCUGUGGGUGUGGUAAAUGAGUUAUCAAUAAAUGCCUUUUAAAAAUCAUUGAUAAAUAUGUGCUCCAUUUACAUCUUUUUUUUUUUUUUUUUUUUUACAUUGCAAUGUCAAAACACUUUUUGCAGUCAGCCCCAAAUACACACUGCUGAUUCUGAAUUUUUAUAAAGUUAUCUUAAUACAAUGAUGGAUUUGUGAAUGGUCUUUUAUUUCAUCAGAAAUGAGUCUUUCACUGUAGGUACAUCAGACAUCCAGAAUUAAAGCAACAGUAGUGACAAUGGGAGAGAGAGUGUUCUAUAAUAAUCUCAGUAUGAACUUUGAGCUAUGCUCCAAAACCCAGCUGUGUCUUGUCACUUUCCACUUCAGGCUAACAGGGCACCCAAAAAGCUACAACUCCAGUUCCCCCUGUAACUUAGAUACCGAAACACACUGCCUUCACCAAAUGAAAGAUGGCUAUCAAGGCUUAUGUCACCUUUAUGUGGAAGUCAGAUUGGUCGCUUACUCCUGAGUGGCAAACAACGCAUCUGUCAUCAUACAUUCACAUGUGGAAAAACACUCGUAACAUUGCCAAAAUGAUAAAGAGCUGAGAACUGAUUGAGAAACAGUUCAUGCAGAUGUUUUCAUGCUGACAGGGACUUCAUAGGAGAGAGAGAGGUAAUGUGAAGCAGUACUUUCUGAAGGCCUGUGUAAUGUCGGGUUUGCAAAUAGUUUUAUGAAUAUAACCUGCAAUAAAAUUCAAAUAUUUUUGCAAAUGUGUCGUGAAAAAAACUGACUACUAUAUGGAGUCCAUGUGGUUUGAUGUUAUUUAGAUUUUAGCGAUAACAAAUUAGGAAGCUUUGUACUAAAUAGUUAUAUACUCUGGGUAUAAGCAGGCAGCAGAAAAUGGUCAAUCCUCCCUGUCAUAAACUGUCAAGGUGCGUGAAACUCUUUUGCAGGGAUGAACACCUGAAUCUCCCACAGGUGUUCAGCUGGGUUGAACUUUCAGUGAGACCUGUGAUUGGCUUUGGAAGCAUCUGUUUCUACACUCAAUUAUUUGGAUAUUUCCUUUAAUUUGUCACCAAUCUGUCCACUAUCGAUUCAUGUGUUCCUAUAGCUCUCAGUAUUAAUGACUCCAUGAGCAUCCGUAAUGAUAAAAUUCAACCUAUCAGAGACAACCUGCGGCAGAGUCCUCCAACCAGCAUCGAUUUAUCUUUUGUUUCCGCUGAGAUCUUUCAACCUGUUGUCGCCUCGCUCAAUGUCAGACCCAUCUGCUGUCGUCUGCUGCCUCUUCAUGUCAGCCUCAGAGCAGCAGGUGACCACAGCGCUGCAGCUCUUCAUACUUAUUCAGCCUGUGCUUUCAGCUUUAAUGUCAGCAAUUUACAAUAAAUCUGACAAAGUUGAUUCGCGUACUUAAAUUUUUUCCUGAUCUUAUGUGAUUUUUAUCGACUGCUCUUUUGCUGGUGACGCUGUGAUUGGAUUUAUUUGUAUUUGUAGUGAUGUGGGUUUAGAAAGGUGUUCCAUGAAUAAAGAUUAUUGUUUUUUAUAUGA